ACAUCAAGGUUGCAAUCAAGGUAAUCUUGGACCCCGCUAAAAGCACUGACAAGAGGGUAUUCGGGCCUUCAUGAUUUUGUAAACUUCAGGAAAUGAAAGAAAUGAAAAGUGAAUUGACAAAACAGUAUGGUGCGAAUUUUGUCUCGUCUCUUCAAAAAGCUAAUUCUGAACAAAAUUCAAAACAAUAUCGAUGGUUAGAACAAUGCUAUGAGAUAGUUAUAUCUGCGAAAAUCGAUAAUAAUAAUAAUAGUGGUGAUACACCAGUUAUUCCAAUUGAUGGAGGUUCAGAUGCUGGUAUGUUUUGUGUAGUCGGUGCUCAAUUCGAUCCAUCUCGUAUUAUUUAUCACCGCUCUACUACCAUUUCUAAUAAUAAUGAUAAUAUUAAUAACAAUAAUUCGAAAUCCAUGGAACCGGGUGAUAUAAUCUUAGCUGUUGAUGGUUAUGAACUGUCAGGUUAUACGAAACGUGAUGCUAUUACAUUGUGUAAUGCUUGUCUACAAUCUCAUUCACAUGUUCGAUUGCAUCUUAGUCCACCUCAUGCAUUAGUCACAAGUAGUACAAUGUUGUCGAGCUUUUUGGCCAUUUCAUUUGCAAUGGACUCAUCAGAGUAUGCCCUUCAAGAAAAAAUACGAGAGAAUGUUUAUCAACGUGUAGUACCUUGUACAACUAGAUUACCUAGAGCAGAAGAAGUAGAUGGAGUUCAUUAUCGUUUUAUGAAUGUACCUCAAUUUCUUGCACUUGAACGUAGUGGACAAUUAUUAGAAAGUGGAAUGUAUAAAGGUAAUCAUUAUGGUACACCUCGUCCAGACCCUAAUUCUACCGCUUUAGAUCCUGUGUUUUUAGAACAAUUCCAAUUAUCCUCUACAGACAUUUCACAAAUCAGUGAUGAUGCAUGUAGGAUCCCACCGCCAUUGGCACCACUAAGCUCAUUUAAUACAUUUGCAAUGCAUGCUAGCACUACCACUACUGUUUCGGGGAUUAAUGGCAGUAACAUUACUACUACCAGUAGUAGUAGUAGCAGCAGUAAUAAUAACUCUAGUAUUGGUGUAAAAUUAAAUGAUCCAUUACAACAAUUACCAACAUGUUCUCCACCACCGCCUCCACCAAUUCGCAAUUCAUCAAUUACAAAAAAUUCCAAUAUUGUCUGUAAUAAUAAUAAUAUUAAUCAUGGUAAAGCAUCGACUAAUCUGCUAACUUUAUGCACAACUGAAAAUUAUCUGACAAAAACAAUCGAUAACAACAAUAACAAUACACAGUUAAAUGGAUUAAAUGAAUUGAAUGGUAAAUUAUACCUACCACGUCCAAAAUUUUCGAAUGAUGAAGCUAGUCUAUGGUCAUCUAGUGAAAUACAUCUAGUGGAUGAUCAUAAAACAAUCGCGUUGUCCACAGCAUCAACAACAAUGUCAGUUGCUGCUAAUGCUAUUACUAUUACAACUACUACCAAUACUAACACUACUAAUAUGAAUACUACUACUAUGUCUAACCAUGUCAAUACGUCGAUGACCAAUGGUUGUUCACUCAUUGAAAGUUUCUGUGACCAAACAGCUUAUUCAGUGGAUAAAUUAGAUCAAAUUGGUGAACAUGUAUUACCAUAUGGUUGGGAAAUUGUACAAGAUAUAAAAUAUGGUACAUUUUACAUUGAUCAUAUCAAUAAACAUACACAAUAUGAACCGCCAACAGUUGAAGAUUUUCAAUUAGGUGAAAAAGUACGCAUGAAGUAUUUAUCACAAUUCGAUACAAUUCAUCACAAAACUAAAACUAAUACUACUAUCAAUAGUAAUCAUAGUAUUGUCAAAAACGUAAAUAAUAAUGUUAACGCCAAUAAUAAUCAUGAUGAUGGACAGAAUGAAUUAGGCUCAUCAUCCAUUAAUGAUAAUGGACGUAUAACUCCUGUGACAUUUUGUUCCGAUUUAAAACAAUUACGAGGUCCAAUGAUUAAUACAGUUUUAGUGAAAAGUCCACGUGGUUUUGGAUUCACAAUUAUCGGUGGUUCUGAUUGUAAUCGAUCGGCAUUUUUACAAGUGAAACAUCUUGUCCCAGGUGGUCCAGCUUCAUUGAAUAGCCAAUUAGCUGUUGGUGAUGUUAUGGUUAGUGUGAAUGGGACGAAUGUUCUCGGUUAUACACAUUCUCAAUUAGUAUCAUUAUUCCAGUCAAUCCCAGUUGGAGCUAGUAUUAAUUUACUAGUGUCGCAAGGUUAUCGAUUACGGAGAGAAAUUGGUGGUGAUCCGCCAACACAUUUUAAUGGUUCAGUAUCCGGUAAUCAUCUUGGUGCGACAGGUUUUGUAUCCGGUGUAAUUGACAUUUCUGCUCAGAAUACUUUAAACAAUCUGAAACUUGGUGAGGAUACGUUAGAUAAUCUACCAUUGACGGAGUUACAUGUAGUUAAUUCAUCAAGAAAUUCCGGUGUAAUCUCUUCACAUUCUUCGAUUUCACCAACACCACCGCCAUCAGCAUCAUCAUCGUCUAAUAAUGGUAACUCAUCUCAAGAGCUACUUGCAGUACGUUCUAGUCCAUCCAAUUUAAAUAGUGGUAUCUGUGUUGGAAAGUUGCGUAAUUCACAGAGACCAGAAUUUUUAAAGGUUUCAAUUUUUAAACAAGCCAAUGGUUUCGGCUUUACUUUAGCUGAUCAUAUCCAAGGUCAACAUGUGAAAGCUAUCUCAGAUCCAGUAAGAUGUGGUCGCUUACGUGUUGGUGAUGUUAUUGUAGAAAUUAAUGAUCAACGUGUAAAAGAUAUGCCACAUAUGGAAGUAGUUCAAAUAUUGAAACAAUGUCCAGUUGGUAAAGAAGCAAGAUUGCUUGUUCAACGUGGUGGUUUGUAUACCUCCCCGUUAUCAUUACUGGAUACUGAAUUGCUUGAAAUGAAUUCAUUGAAUUUCAAUGAACAGCGUUAUCGUGGGAACAUAGCUAAUCAUCAGUAUAUAAAUGACUUUCAUGUUAAAUCAACUGACCAGCAAUCAAAUACAUCAAUUAUCGGUGUUGUUCCCUGUUCUCCACCCACUGAUGUUACUGUUAGUAGUAAUGUCAUAAAUACCACUACUAUUAAUAAUAAUAAUUUGAGUAUUAUUUAUGCUACUCCUCAACCUCAACGAAAUCAUCUUUCUUCCAGAAUUGGUUACCAUCAUCGAACUUCCGGUAGUACAGGAGAAAAUAGUAUUUCUUCAAGUAGUUCGUCGCAUAUACGUGCACAAACUCCAGAUCCAUAUGUGGAUCAGCGUUUAGGCUUAGAUAGUCCUAAUCAUCAAUAUCAUCAGCGUCACUAUCAACAUUCGUAUCAAAACGAACCGUCCGAUUUAAUUAGUCGGUCAAACUUUAACCAAACAGAUUUUAUUCAUCAUUCCAAUAAUAACAAUGGCAAUAUUAAUAAUAAUAUGGGUUUAUCUGUGAUUUCGGAUAGACGCCGACGUGUACAUCCCGUUGAUGAUAGCGUUGUUGGUUUAAACAAGGAUAACUUUUCACCCGAAUCACCUAAUUCAUCAACAACUUAUGGUUCAUUACUUCGACCUGGGCGCAUGCUUCCAUUGCGUCAUUCACAAUCAUCCGUAUCUAACAGGCCAAACAAUAAUAUUGUUAGAUCAGCAACAGCGGUAACGACGUCAGCAAUGACAUCCUCAACAGCACCAUUGUGUAUGCUUCCUGGGGAGUUUCUUGUACAUUUAAAGCGUCAAUCAACUGGUUUUGGAUUUAACCUGGUCGGAGGAGCUGAAGAAAAUACUCAGGUAUCUAUCGGUGCUCUGCUUAUGGGUGGUUCAGCUCAACUUAGUGAAGUUGUACGUACUGGAGACAAGUUAAUAUCAAUAGAUGGUGUACGUGUUAUUGGAGCAACACAUGCAGAAGUUGUAGAAUUAUUAGAUAGAGCUGCACAUACUGUUGGUCAAGUUACAUUGGGUUUACAAAGAGGAAAGGUUGAAAUUGACAAUCUCAAUCCAAACUGUUCAUUGGAACCAGUUGAUGUUGUCAUAUCACGAAGUGAAAAAUCUGAUGGAUUUGGUUUCUUUUUGACUAAUACCAAACCAAUUCACAAUUCAUUAAGUGAACAUUCAAAUGCUAUUGUUGUGAAUCGUAAUAACAGUAACAAUAAUAACAGUCUUCAGAAUACAGAAUACAUUGCUCAACUUGUUCCUGGCAGUCAAGCUGAACGUAUGGGUCUGUUGUCUGUUGGUGAUCAAAUAUUAGCUGUAAAUGGUAUUCCAACAUGUGGACUACAUCAUGAUGAAGUAGUUCGUUUGAUUCGAGAAAGUGGUAAUCAUAUAGCUUUGAAAAUUUUGCCGUAUUCAGGCUCAGCUUCACGUGGACGUAAACAUCCUUUGCCAAUGAGAGAUUCAGUUGAAUUUCCGGUUACAUUAUUUCGUGGAAGUAGAGGUUUCGGUUUCUCCAUUCGCGGUGGACAAGAAUUUAAUCGUAUGCCACUAGUUGUUUUACGUAUUGCAGACGGUGGUGCUGCUCAAAUGGAUGGUCAUUUAAAGGUUGGUGAUGAAUUAGUUGAAAUCAAUGGUUAUUCAACUAUUGGUAUGUCACAUGGGCAAGCUAUUGAAAUCAUACAACGUGGUGGAAAUACUAUGCGUUUAAUUGUUCGACGUCGUUCUCCACGUGUUAAACAAUCAUUAGAACAACAAAUUACAAAUGGUUUAACUCGUGUUAUUGAUAGUCGUACAAAUGCAGAACUAUCAUAAAGUUUAUACAGAGAAACAAUCACAUCGACUUAGUUUUAACAAACAUGAUUCUUCAUCAAACUGGUUUCAACGAACUAUAUUAGAUAAAAAUCAUUCCUCAUCUAAUUCUAAUCAAUCUCAAAGAAGAAAUGAAUUUCUCAGAUGGACAAUUCGUAAAUAAUUCAUUAUUUUUUAAGUUUUUUCUAUCAUACCAAUUUUUUUUAAAAAAAAUAAUGAACAAACAAACAAGCAAACUAAACAUUGAAUGAAAUUAAAAUCCUUUUUCAUUGAAUAUAAAGUAGAUAUUUAUUCUUUUAAUACAUUCAUUCUUAUCAAGUUUACUUAUUCUUGUAUCUUUCCUAUGUCUAUCUAUUUUAUUUUAUAAUUGAUUAAUUUAACACUCAUGUAUAUUUAUUUGAAUAUUUUUAUCAGUUUAUCGUAUCAACUAUUUUCUCUUUAUUUUUUCUACUGACUUCUUUUUCUUUCCUUUUCUUUUUUCGUUGGUUUCUUCUCUCACCUUCUAUUCCAUCGUGUGUGUGUAUGAUGAAGAUGAUUGUUAGACAUCAUAAUACAUUUAAAUCAUCUAUUAAUUUGUCAUUUAUUAAAUAAUACCAGUGAUGAUAAUGAUCAAUAUUUAAUAAAAUGGCGGUAAAAAAAUUUUUUGUUUUAAACAACGAAGAAACGAAGGUUCAAUGUUUAAUUAAUUAAUCAAUGAUGUAUUUAAUGUUUAUUUGUUUGUUCUUUUUUUUGUUGUUGACUUUAUCAACUGACUUAUAUAUUUUACGCCUCAUUAAUACAGAAAAAUUUGUACUUUAUUUUAUUUAUUUACUAAUCUACUGCAUAAAAAAAUAGUAAUGUAAAUAAACAUUUGUUUAUUUUCCUAUAUAUAAUAACCCUGAUAAUUAGAAUGAUAUGGAAUAUAUUACAAGUAUUGCUUCAACAUGUAACAACACUAAAAUCAUCAGUGAACUUGAGAAAUCCCUAUAAGUUUUUAAACUAAUCAGAAAAUGCAAUAAGAGUGGAUAUAUUGUCACUUUUGUACGUGAUGGUUAUUUAUUGGUUAAAACGUUCAACUUUCGAUUUAGGAAAUUCCUAGUUUGAAUGCGACUACGUCUAUAUAGGUUUGUUCAACUGACUUGUAUAAUUAGCCCUCACACUUACAACUUGACUUGAAAUCAAGUAAAUGAGCUUGUUUUUUUACGAAAUUACUAUGCUCUUUAAAACAUGAAUAAUAUUCUCUACGUUCCUUGUAUUAGAAUCGAAAAGUACUAUGCAUAGGAAAUCAUUCAUACAAUUUCAAAUCUUUAUUCUUUGUAGUUUCAUAUGAGUCUUAAUACGAGUUUUACUGUGUAUUUUAGUUGUAAGGUCUUUAAAAACACAUCUGUCAAUAACCAUUGUAUGAAUAAAUACAAAGCUGUGAAGGCACUUGUAUGUUUUACAUCUGUCUAAACUAAUGAUGAUAAGAUUUCGAUCCGAUUUCUUAAAAUGGUGUUUUUAAG